GAGGCCGCGGACCGGCCGCCGCUCUGAGCAGCGCGUCCCGGGCGGCGUGCUGGGGUGCGGGCGCGGGGCGACGGCGGCCCCGCAGCGACAUGUGACCAUGGACCGCAGGACCAGGGAAAAUCCAGAAAGAACUUUUGACUUGGUGUUGAAAGUGAAAUGUCAGGCCUCUGAAGAUGAAGAUCCUGUGGUAUUGUGGAAAUUCCCAGAGGACUUUGGAGACCAGGAAGUACUGCAGAGCGUGCCCAAGUUCUGUUUUCCCUUUGACGUGGAAAGGGCGUCUCAGAAUCAAGUUGGACAGCACUUUACCUUCGUUCUGACAGACAUUGAAAGUAAGCAGAGGUUUGGGUUCUGCAGACUCACAUCAGGAGGCAGAAUCUGUUUAUGUAUUCUUAGUUACUUGCCAUGGUUUGAAGUAUAUUAUAAGCUUCUAAAUACUUUGGCAGAUUACUUGGCCAAGGAACUGGAAGAUGAUUUGAAUGAAACUCUGAAAUCACUCUAUAAUCACCCUGUACCAAAUGCAAACACUCCUGUCAACUUGAGUGUGAACCAAGAGCUAUUUAUUGCCAGUGAGCAAGUUCUGAAAGAUGAGCCCUCACUAAUGCUGCACUCCUGUUUUAUCGCCCCUGACGUGACAGGACUCCCAACCAUACCGGAGAGUAGAAACCUGACGGAGUACUUUGUUGCUGUGGAUGUGAACAACAUGCUGCGCUUGUAUGCCAGCAUGCUGCAUGAGAGGCGCAUCAUUAUUACCUCGAGCAAAUUAAGCACUUUGACUGCCUGUCUCCAUGGAUCGGCUGCCCUGCUCUACCCGAUGUACUGGCAGCACAUAUACAUCCCCGUGCUCCCUCCGCACCUGCUGGACUACUGCUGUGCCCCAAUGCCAUACCUGAUUGGAAUACACUCCAGUCUCAUGGAGAGAGUGAAAAAUAAAUCAUUGGAAGAUGUGGUUGUGUUAAAUGUUGACACAAACACUUUAGAAUCACCAUUUAAUGACUUGAGCAACCUACCCAGUGAUGUGGUCUCGGCCUUGAAAAAUAAGCUGAAGAAGCAGUCCACAGCUACGGGAGAUGGAGUGGCUCGGGCCUUUCUGAGGGCGCAGGCGGCUUUGUUUGGAUCCUACAGAGAUGCUCUAAGAUACAAGCCUGGUGAGCCCAUCACCUUCUGUGAGGAGAGCUUUGUAAAGCCCCGCUCCAGUGUAAUGAAGCAGUUCCUGGAGACUGCAGUUAACCUGCAGCUGUUUAAACAGUUUAUUGACGGUCGACUGGCAAAGCUUAAUGCAGGAAGGGGCUUCUCAGAUAUAUUCGAAGAAGAAAUCACUUCUGGUGGCUUUUGUGGAGGGAGCCCGCGGUCAUAUCAGCAAUGGAUGCAUACGGUCAAGAAAGGAGGCGCACUGUUCAACACAGCUGUGACCAAAGCAACUCCUGCUAUGCGAACUGCAUACAAAUUUGCAAAGAGUCAUGCCAGACUGGGAAUAAAAGAAGUCAAGAGUAGGCUGAAACACAAGGACAAUGAGGAAGAUCAUGGGACCUGUUCUGGCUUGGUACAGUACACACCAGUUUACAUGUUACACAAUGAAAAGGGAGACGACAGAGAGAAGCAUAAGCUUUCCCAGGAACACUUGAAACGGCCUCAUAAGAGCCUAGAUGGUGCCCUGUAUGAUGACGACAUUGAGCGAGCAAGCAGGGUUUCUUCCGAAGACAGUGAAGAAACACCUGCUUAUUUCUACGAAAGUGACGACUCUGGUGAGGCAAGGGUGAAGGCUCCUUACUCAGGUGAGAUGGACUUGCUGGGUGAGAUCCUGGACACGCUGAGCACGCACAGCUCCGACCAAGGAAAGCUGGCAGCUGCAAAAAGCCUGGACUUCUUCAGAUCCAUGGAUGACAUUGAUUACAAACCAACGAACAAGUCCAACGCUCCCAGCGAGAACAACCUGGCUGUGCUGUGUGUGUCUGGUGACCAGGGAGAGUGGAAUCUGGGGCAGGAUGACAGCGCCCUCCAUGGCAAGCACCUCCCUCCAUCCCCCAGGAAGCGCGGUUCCUCCAGUGGAUUGACAGAUUCUCUGUUUAUCCUGAGAGAGGAGAAUAGUGACAAGCCCUUCUGUGCUGACAGUAUGAGUGGCCCCACUGUGGUGGGAAAGCCCGCUUCUACUUCAAGAUUGAGUUUCCAGCCAGCUUCCCCUGAAGCUUCCCAAGGGGAUCCAGGAAAACAUGAAGGGAAGGCAACACUAAAUCAGGCUUCUUCAGAGGAUCUGCGGGUACCUGACCCUGGCAGCCGCCAGUCUACUUUUGUUCCCUGGGAGAAAGCCCAGAAAGAAGAGAAGGAGCCUUCAGAAGAUGUUGGACUCCUCCAAGAAGUAGUGUCAUUGUGUCACAUGUCAUGUGAUUUCCAGCAAGGUUUAACCAUUUCAGAAGAAAGCAGAAGUGAAAACCAAACUUAAGGUACCAGUAAAGGGUCAGUCACUUACCUCUUGGCUUCUCCAGAGACAUGUGGAGUUAUCCUCUGUGAUGUGUACAGUAAACGGAAUCACCGAUAGGAAUGACAGCUCUUGCUACUAUUUAAUUGUUUCCUUUGGAACGUUUCCCUCUCUGUCCAUCUCAUGGAUCUGUAGUAUCCACUGGCUUUCCAGCGUAAAAUGAAUCUACUGUUAAAUCAGGUACUAAUCUGUAUAUAGGCAGAAAGUGUAUUUUGAACAUAAGCUUCCCCAGUAUUUGGUGCUUAAUGCCAUUCAUUUUAUUUAAACUAAGUGUGCAUAUGUAACCCCUACCUAUAACCAAUAGUUGCUGUACUAAUCAGGUUGAGCAUGAACUGAUCAAGAUGUCAAAAACUGAUCAAAAAUAGCCUGAAACAGAUGAAACUGUUAACCCACUAAUUGCCUUAAUCUUCCAGUUAUGUUAAGCAUACAGACAAUGUGUAAUGCUACUCAUGAAGCUUGAGAGAGGAGUUGUCUUGUCCUGCAGAGCAAUAAUGCCUUUAUCUAUCAUGAAUUAAGCUCACCAUUUUUUCAAGUUUAAAAGUGCGCUAGUGGAACUAAUUUGCUUUUUAUAAAGAUAUACAGCCAUAUUUCCCAAGCAAUGUAAAUGUGUAUAUUUACCUUUCUCUCAGUGAAAUACAUGAAGUGCUGGGUUACAAUGUGAAGUUAAAAAGCUUCUACUUAACAAAAAAGCCAGUCAGACAAUGUUUGGUCUCUGCAUGCAUGUGGCUGUGGCCCACUUCAAGGAAGCCGAAUGCCCUGCAGAGGCCAGAUAGGCAGUUGUCCUGUUCUCAUAUUGGAUUUGCUGUAAAGAUGCUGAUAGCCUUACCUUGUAUUUGCUUUUUAAAAUAAUCAUCUUUGUGUUUUAAAUGCUCUAGAUUUAUAGAAAAUGCAAAGGUGGUACUGAGUUCCAUCGUCCCUGGCCCUGGCUUCUGCUACUGUUAGUACUUUAUGUUAGUAUGCUGCAUUUGCCACAGUGUUGAUACCCUGCAUGGUAUUCAGAGCUCCGGCCUUGCCCUGAUGCCCCUUUCUGUCCCAUUAUCCCCUCAGGGUUCUAGAUUACAUUCUGUUGUCAUGUCUGCUGACGUUCCACUUCAUUUUCUUGGAUUUGAUAACUUUGAAGUUUUUAGGAAUAUUGAUCAGAUGUUGAGUAGCCAGCUCCUAGAAUUUGCCUGGCACUUUCCUCAUUAUUACACGGGGUUAUAGGUUUGAGGGAGAAGAUCACAGAGGUAGAAUGCCAUUUUCAGUGUCUUAAGGGUGUGCUAUGGGCAUGCUCCAUGUUGUGUUGAUUUUGAACACCUACUGGUUUUCUCCACUAUAAACUUGUUUCCCCAACACAUUCUGUUCCAUUGCAGGCAGGAGGAAGGGCGGGGUAGAGAAGGGAAGCAAGGAAGGCAGGCACAAUAAAAUUAUUUAGGGCAGAGGAGUAUCAGAAUAAAUCCUUUGUAAUUAUUUAUGGUGCCUGCCUCCCUCACAGUCACUGUUUAGCUCUAGAACACAUCUGAAAAGAGGUGCACAUCACUCAUCUCAGACUGGAGUUAUGAAGAUAGUUUAUUUGUACUCUCUGUGUCUCUGUUCUAUACAUCCCCAGACAUUAUAACUGCUCUUCAAAAAUUGGCUUUUUUAAACAACAACAACAAAAUGUUUGUAAAACCAUUUAAGAACCCCAAUAAGGCCAUAUAAUUUUACCUAGAAUUUUAGGAGAUUUGUUUAGCAUAGUGCUCAAAAUAUUUAUGCAGUUCAUUUUUUUAAAACUGCACUCCAAAAUAUAAAUAGGUAGUUUAACUUGAGGUAAUUAUUCCCUUAUUUGUAUUGGAAGACAGAGCUUGUCCUUAGGAGAAUGAGCUCUUUAUAGAAAGGUAUAUUUAAUCCUUAUUUUUACACAAUAAUAAUAUUGAAGGUUAUGAGAUUUUACCUGUCUGUGUGUCCUUCAUCAAUCUCAGUUUACUGAAAUAAAAACAGGAAAGCCAUGUAUCAGAAGAGCUGAUUUUAGUGGGACGAGGAAAAGUCAGUGUGGUGGUUACACUGCUGAGCAAGCAUUCCCACAUGAUUCCUGGACAGAAUGUAGAGCCUCUAAUGCGAAUUCUCAAGUGAGGUUUCUGCUUUCACUUCAGAAUUCAUUGUCUAAAGAAUUAAAAGAAUGAGAGCAUCCUGAAUGCAGCAUAGAACACUGGCUUCCAGUCUGCUUCCUGAUAAACCCAUGGCCACAGAUUCACAGUUGUCUAUUUUAGUCAACUUGUGACAUGCUCCACUGUAACACUGGACUAAGUGAAAACAUUUAUCCACUCACAAAUAAUGUCUUAAGCCACUUACGUGCUCUGUGCCUUACUUUAACAAGCAAAAACAGCCACUCUAUGUUAAAAAGAAAAAACAAAGUUGAAUACAUUAUUCUUGAAAAAUGUCCAGAGAACUGGAAGCAAGUGGUGGGGCUUUACGCCAUUAAAACCUUGAAUGUUUGAAGUUGGCUUUUAAAUGUGGCUUCCCAGUAUUCUGAUGGAAAGAGUAGAAAGGAAGAUGAUAGGAUGAGUUCUGAAAUAAACAAAAGGAGUUUUUUUUUGUUUUUGUUUUUGUUUUUUUGCUUUACCCAAACCAAACCAAAUAUUUAUUAGUUCCCUGCUAUUCAAAAUAAACUUUUCUGCUGGCAUUGUCAUUUUAAAUGCCGAGCACCAACAAACUGGAGAUCCAAAUAAAUAUUUUAAAGAAGCUGCUUCUUGUCUAUGAGACUUGAAUAACUCACAGCUCUGGCUUCAGUGUCUUGUGUUUUCUAUGCCGCUAACCCACGCCUGAGCGAGAUUGUCUCUAGUCUCACUCAGGUUUUGCAUCCAUGUGGUUCAGGGCGCUAAAGAUAGAGGGACAAAUGUCAGAGCUGCAAUUUUGUUAAUGAUGUUGCUAAGUGGCAUAUAUUGGUGAUUUACUUAUUUAGCCUAUCAGAUUAUAGAAUGGUUACUUUUCCAAUCAGAAUUAAUGACUCCUUCAUUGAGACAAUGUUUAUUGACUUUUUUUACCCAUCAGGAGCAAGGUGUAAUAACUAAGGGUGUAAGGGUAUGGGGGAAACAAUUACCCAGCUCUGGGGAACAAUUAAAAGGGAAAUGAAUUGCAGGUGUUAAAGUAAUAAUUGUUAUUAAUAAUAAAAUACUGUAAGGAUGUACUUGCUUAGAUGGUACUAGCUCAAGAAUCAAUACCAAGAGAUGCUUUUUAAAAAGAGCUGCUUUAUUUGAAGUAUAUUCUAAGUACAGAAUUGUUAACUUUUUUAGUAAUUAUGUGAGUUACUAGAAUGCUGCUAAAAUCCCCUUUCAAAGGACAGAUUUGGAGACACUGCUUGGCUGAGUCCUUGCUUUGACCAUCUACAACACAGCAUGACAUCCCUUUGUGGUAUGGAUGGCCACUUACCCUAGUUCAGGAAUAAGUUCGGGUAUAUAUAGUCAGGGACCUAUUUGGAUGGGAGUCCAAAUUUUACAUUAAAGAAAGAAAUCUUGGUGACAGCAUUUUGUAGAUACAGCCUUUUUUUUUUUUUUCUUUUUGGUUAAAGCUGUAAGUGUUGUUAUUGGGAGCCUAUGCUGCUCUCCAGUGAUAUGACCCAGGAAUGACCAUGAAGCAGGUGCUGGUUAAACAAAGUAAAGACCCCUGGCCAACAGUAGAUGGCAUCCUUAGCGUCAACAGCCAUUUAUCCUCUACUCAGAUUUUCAGGGCAAGUCCAUCUUUUACGUUUUACUUUUAUGAGUAAAUUUUCUCCCGAGAACUCCACUGUUUGGUGUCAGUGAUUCUUGAAUCUGAGAAGAUAUUUGAAAAUCAGGAAUGUAAAAUGAACCCUCUAAUAGUGUCUCCCCAAGUUUCUCUUAAUGUAGGUUGUGGUAUUUAGAAACCCAGUUCUCUGUGAGAAUUUUCCUGUCAAGCCCAGAGACCUAUUACUGUCUGUGUCUUAAGGCUUCAAGGACGAGAAAGGCUUUGCAACAGCCAUUUGAUGGUAUGAUUUGAUUGUGAAAUAGGGAAUUAUGUGUAGUGAGACAGAAACAUUUUAUUUUAAAAUAUAGGAUUUUGUGCAAUAUUUUUCUUGCAUCAUUUAGUUUAUAAAUAUUCACGUCUGCUUUUCUGGCAGAUGCCUUAAGGUCAUGUCUUUCAGUAUUUGCCUAAAACUGUAGGUAGGAAUGUUCUAUGUAAUUGUUAGCAGAAGUGUUUUUAUUAUUUAAAAUAAUUGUGGAGAUUGCAUUAUUGUAUCCUAACUAACUGCCUCGGCCACAAUGAAUAUGCAAUAAGAAAAUCAUGUACCUUUAUUAGUAUUGACAAUACUGUUACUUUAACAGAAAUGUUUGUGGUAUAAAGUGCUGGUUCUAUGUGUAUACAUUUAACAGCUACUUUGUUUCGUACCACAUGAAUCUAAAUGGUAUAUUUAUGUGAUAACCACAUUUGUAGAUUCUGACAUCCUUUGUGAUGAGUCUUUGUUGAGGCUUAUAAAGGGCAUUGCCAAUACUUUUUCACUAUAAAUUAAUUUUUUUUGUAUGAUGUACAGUUUGUUUAGGCUUAGAGCGUCUAUAGAUUUCUACUUUUAUUAUACUUGAAUGAGGCAGAAAGCACUGUGGGAAAUUUGUAACUCUGAAUGCAAUAUGCAGUUAUACCAAAAAUAAAACAAGGUACCGAACAGCAAUGCUAACAGAAUGCUUUAUAAUGUAGCAGUCUGUGUUUUCCAAGCCACAUUUUAGUUAAAUGAAGUAAUUGAAGAUAUGCAGUCUUUUAUCUAGACGGUAUAGUCACAAACGAUUACCUCCUUGAUGUGUCAAAGCUGUACGUCCUUUUUAACUUCUGUACCAGUCCUUAGAUGAGCCUUGUUGAAGACCAUCCAUCAUCCCACUUGAUUGCAUGAUGUUUAGGACAGAACAAAUCAACUACAUUGUGCAUAUUAGAGGCACGGUCUGUGUUAAGUCAUGAUGUUUUACAUAGAGUAGCUUUCAUAGGUAAUGUUGAGAACUCCUUAAUAAUCAUAUACCAAAACUAAAUUUUUAAAAUUAGUUAUUACUUAGCUGUGCCUAAAACAGUAACAAAUAUAUGAAACCUUUUGAUGUAAAGCCCACAUGAGGGACUCAGAAUUGAAUGUUUCCAAAGUUUGUGUUCAUUGCUUUAGCUGAAGAGGUGUUUGCUCAACAUGUAACCGGUAUCUUAAAAAAAAAAAAAAGCAAACCCUGAGCAGUGAGAUAAGCUUCAUUGUUCUUGCCUUGUGGCUACAGUAUAUCAUCUCUCAAUAUGACUGUUAUUGGGUAGAUGUUCUGAUGUUCUGUAUAAAAGUAUUGCUUGGGAGUUUGUUUUUAAUAUCUAAAAUCAAGUGUUGAAUGAACUCUGCAUUGCCAUAAAGUACCCAACAAUGUUGUUGAAAAUAAAAUUGGUCACAGUCCAACCUUG